AUGGAAUGGAUGAUGCCGCAUCCACCAACUGUGCUCGAAGAUAAGCAGUGGAGGAAGUUGAUGCAAAUUGAGAAGACCGAAGAUCGGGUGGCUUAUCUGCGGGCCUAUGCCAGAGAUGUGUUCCGUGAUGGCCUCCGUGAAGAGAAAAGGAAGGCGCUUGGUGAAGCACACAAUGCUAUGCUCGAUUUUCAG